AAUGUAUUUUAUUUAUUUCAAGCGCAACGCAUGGAUCUAAUUCUAGUAACUAAAAAGAAGAAAAGGGGAAUGGAGGCCGGUUAAAAGGUUUAUCAUCCCGUCCAUUUCAUGCUUUGUUCAGUCAUGUCUCUCUCGCUCAAACUCACACCUAACUCAGCUCUCCUCUUCCCUCACCGCGGUUUCAAUGGAUUUUCCUCGUUAAGCUUUCCUCGGAUUUGCAAUUCUACCAGCCUUGUCUCUCAGAAUUUCAACAAAGUUUCUUGCUCAAUCGGCGGCGACAACAACAUUGUUUAUGGCGCAACUGAUAAUGGCAGCUACUCAACGAACAAUGAAGGUGCGAGAAUGGGGAAGAGUGAGAGUAAUGAAGGGGAAUCAUUUUCAUCUAAAGAUUCUGAACCUUGUAAUGAAAGAAAUGUGAGGGGUGAGAGUAUGCAGAUCCAAUAUCUUUGUUUGUUCUUGUUCUUCAGUGUGUUGAAGAAGUUGAGGAGGUAUGGAAUUUCUGGAGUAUUGUCUUAUGGGCUACUGAAUACAGCUUACUACCUUACAACUUUUCUCUUAGUGUGGUUUUAUAUUGCGCCAGUUCCUGGAAGAAUGGGUUAUAUGGCUGCUGUUGAGAGAUUUCUCAAGGUUAUGGCCAUGAUUUGGGCUGGAAGCCAAGUGACUAAGCUUGUUAGAGCUGGAGGGGCCCUCGCUCUUGCCCCAUUUGUAGACAGAGCAUUGUCAUGGUUCACAGUCAAAUUUAAGUUUGAAUCUCAGGGAAAGGCUUCCAUGGUGAUUAUAGGAUUUUGUUUUGGGCUGGCUUUCAUGCUGUUUUUGGUUGUGACAGUGCUUUGGGCAUAAAGCUGGCUAUUUUUGGUUCUCACCAGCUUACAUAUCUUGUCAGUCCUAAGUCCUGUUAAAUCUUAGCUGUACAAUUUUGAUUGCAAAUAUAGAAGCUUAAUGUACAUGUGCAAGUGUUAUAUAGUGCCCAAAAUUUGGGUAGUUAGAAAUGUAAUGUACUCUUAUUGGAGUUGGUAGAACUGCCGGGAAAUUAUGCAGGGGACAAAACUUUGUUUAUCUUGUAUUAUUCUUUUGAAAAUGACUGUCUCAAUGGAGAUUGGGGAGAUCAAUGAAAUGGACGUCCUACACUUAUUGACUCUUU